AUGGCUACGCUACCGAAGACUUACAAAGCUGCUGUUAUUGAGGCUACGGGUAAACCUCCUGCGAUCAAGGAUAUUGAGCUUAAACAACCUGGACCGGGUCAAGUUCUUGUUAAGGUGCUUGCCUGCGGUGUCUGUCACUCAGAUGCCCUUUUGCAACAAGGUCACUUGGGUGAUUUAUUCCCCCGGAUUCCAGGCCACGAGAUCAUUGGUGAUGUCGUCGCUGUCGGCAGCAACGUGACUAGAUUCAAAGGUGGCGAGAGAGUUGGUGGUGCUUGGCAUGGAGGUCACGACUCAACCUGCCGUUCCUGCGCCCGCGGGCAAUUCCAAUGCUGCGAGAACCAGCAAAUCAACGGCAUCACGCUGGACGGUGGGUAUGCGCAAUACACCCUAAUCCGGGAAGAAGCCGUAGUCCGGGUCCCCUCCGACGCAGACCCCGUCGAAACCGCGCCUUUACUAUGCGCCGGCGUCACCGUCUUCAACGGGAUGCGCAAACUCCACGUAGAACAAGGCAACACCGUCGCAAUCCAAGGCGUCGGGGGUCUAGGCCACCUAGCGAUCCAAUACGCAAGUCGCAUGGGGUACCACGUCAUAGCUCUCAGCUCCGGGUCUUCAAAGCGGGAGUUUGCGGAAAAGUUAGGCGCGCAUGUGUAUAUUGACACGAGUAAAGAAGACGCGGUUAAGGCGUUGCAGAAGAGGGGGGGUGCGGCUUUGAUCGUGGCUACGGCGCCGAAUGCUGAGAUUAUAAGUCCGCUUGUGGGUGGCCUGCAGACGGGUGGCAAGUUAUUGGUUCUGGCGCCUGUGGGACCGGUCGCGUUUAAUACUGGGUUGAUGGUUAAUAAGGCCGCUUCGGUGCAUGGGUGGCCUAGUGGGCAUGCUAUUGAUUCUGAGGAGGCUAUUCAGUUUGCGCGGGAUCAUGGUGUUAAGUGUAUGGUUGAGAAGUUUAAGUUGGAGGAUGCUGGGAAGGCGAUGCAGGCUUGUGUAGAGAAUAAAGUGCGCUUUAGGAGUGUGUUGGUGUUGUAG